UCUCCACUCGACCGCUCCUCCCUCCUUCCGAGAUUCCCGGCCUCGCCCCCUCUUCCCCGCUCCUCGGUUCGAAGCUCUCAUCCGCAGCACUACCUGAGUUCACUCGCGCGGGGCGGCAGAAGCUUGGCAUGCGGUUCUCGUCGGUGUCCGGCCGCCGAACUUGAGCGGCAGAAUUGGGGGGAAUAUGACUGACGCGGGGGUGCAGCAGCAGCCGCCGCCGCAGAUGAACAGCAUGUCCAUGGUGCAAGACGGCAGCGCCAAGCCAAACAUGGGGAAGGAACACAUCCCAGGGAAUGAGCUCUGGACCGAUGGGCUCAUCUGCGCUUUUGAGCUCGUCAAGGGUCACAGGAAGCUGAUCCGUCACAGGUCGUUGCCAAUGCAGGAUACAGGGCCCCCGUUGCACACGAAGAAGCACGCAGGUAGGAACGGGCAUCAUGCCGUGAGCCCGGUACUACAUGAGAGCAAUGCAGUGGAAAUCCCGUGCCAGACGGAGUUUGGUAUCGAUCCUUUUGUGGUCAAAGAUAGGCUACCGCAUGCUGGUGAGAUUCUCGAGCACAAAUGGGUGCCGAUUGGGUGGUCGAGGAUUGCCGAGCUGGUCCAGAGGGUUCAGUCUGAUGCCAGCUGGGAGAAUGAGCAGGUGCUGAUAAGCGAUAGCGAGGAUGAUUACACGGUGGCCGACGUUGCGGCUCCUUACUGGCAGCGUCCUGGGGGUCCUACUUGGUGGUUCCAUGUCACCGCGGGACAUCCUUCAGUCGACGCGUGGUUGAGUAGUGCUCACUGGAUGCAUCCGGCUAUCAGAACUGCACUCAGGGAUGAAAACCGCCUGAUAAGCGACCGGAUGAAGUACCUUCUCUACGAGGUCCCAGUUAGAGUUGCAGGAGGACUGUUAUUUGAGCUUCUUGGUCAGUCAGUAGGAGAUCCUAAUCAUGAAGAGGAAGACAUACCCAUUGUACUUCGGUCUUGGCAGACACAGAACUUCCUUUUGACUGCCAUGCAUGUCAAAGGUCCUUCCUCAAACAUAAAUGUUUUAGGAGUGACUGAAGUGCAGGAGCUGCUUAUUGCUGGUGGAAGUCAAACACCCAAAACAGUUCAUGAAGUAAUUGCACAUUUGGUCAGUCGUCUUUCACGGUGGGAUGACAGAUUAUUCCGUAAAUAUGUCUUUGGUGAAGCAGAUGAAAUUGAAUUGAAGUUUGUGAACAGGAGAAAUAGUGAAGAUCUGAACCUAGUCAGCAUCAUCUUGAAUCAAGAAAUCAGAAGAUUAGCAACACAGGUGAUCAGGGUCAAAUGGUCGCUGCAUGCAAGGGAAGAAAUUAUACUUGAGCUUCUCCGACAUUUACGGGGAAAUGCCACAAGAGUGAUUUUAGAGCGAGAGAGGAAAUCUGCAAGGGAGAUGCUCGAGGAGCAGGAAGCUGUCCGUGGUCGCUUGUUCACCAUUCAGGAUGUUAUGCAGAGCACUGUUCGUGCAUGGUUGCAGGACAGAAGCCUUCGUAUUACCCACAAUUUGGCUAUUUUUGGAGGCGGCGGCAUAGUUCUAUCCAUAAUCACUGGCCUAUUUGGAAUUAACGUCGAUGGUAUACCGGGAGCAGAGAACACGCCUUAUGCUUUUGGGCUGUUUGCAGGACUUCUUUUCCUUAUUGGAAUCGUCCUUGUUGGAGUUGGACUGAUGUAUCUUGGGCUGACAAAUCCAGUAACCAAUGAGAAGGUAAAGGUGAGGAAGCUGGAGCUCCAGCAGCUGGUUACAAUGUUCCAGCAUGAAGCAGAACAGCACGGCAAGGUCCGGGAAGGUCUCAGCCGGCACGGUUUGUCGUCAAAUGCAUCUGCGGCCUCUUCUGAUGAAGGCUACAUUCUGAUCUCCUGAGGGUACAUAUACUGCCUGGGGGAAAACUGCUUCAAACUCUGAAAUAGAAACUUUAAUUAGGUCAUAUGUGGGAGUCGGAGAUUUCUUUGUCCUGUUCCUGCUGGUAGUAAACUGAUUCUUGCAAGAUUUCGGCGUUCCAAAUAGGUCGUCGCGUAGAGAAAUAUAUGCAAUGUAUUUACACAAUUUUCUUAAAGGAUGGUCACUGAGGAACUUGCGGCAAAAAAAAAAGUUGAUAUGAUUAAUACGAUUACAGGUUGGUUCCUUUUUCUU